AUGGAAGUGGAAAGCAAGGCCAAGCUAUUAAACAAAAAGAAGAGCUUUUCUCACUCAACUGUUCUCAUCGCCAUUUGCCUUUUUUCACUCUUUCUGAUUCUUAUCCUAUAUCUUGCACAACCCUCUCCUUCCUUCUCUCCCGCCUUGAAACUCCAAAACUCGGUUACAUUUCUUCCUCUCAAAGACACAAGGUUUGCCAACACUGCAAUGAAGGGAAACACUUGGUUUAUGAGCUCCUUGAACGACACAUAUGAAGAAAAUGAAUCUGAAUACCUUUAUUUCCCUUCGAAGGCGUCCGACGAAAAGCUAUUGUGCAUUAAAGGGAAUGACAUAAGCGACGGCACCAGAAACUCAUAUGCCUUGGCAUAUCCUGAAGGCCUACCAAACUCCACCACAUUCUUGAAGGGUCUCGCGUUCAUGUCCGACACAUUCUAUGACUACGGAAACUUGUGGCACGAGUUAACGGCCAUGAUGCCUUUUGUCGGUUGGUCUAUCAAAAAUCGAUGCGCAAAGCAGGCAAGGCAAGUUCCGGUCGAAGAAUUCGAGAAAGAUGAAAGGCCUUAUUGCUUCGAGAAGGCGAUGGUGAUGAGGCAUAAUGUUGGGAAAAUGGGGAAGCAGAAGAAGCUUCAAGUGUCUGACUUGUUGAGAUGUAAAGUAAGACAGUUUUGUGGCAUAAACCCGAAUGGCAGAGGCAGAGAGGUCACUUUGAGAGGGGAGCCAAGCAUAACGUUGACAUUGCUAAUGAGGAAUGGAUUAAGAUCGUUCAAGAAUCCGACGGCUGUGAUUAAUGUGUUCUCAAGGGAGUGUGCGAUGGUGGAUGGGUGUACGUUAGAGGUGGUUCAGUCUGAAGAUCUAAACUUCUGUGAUCAGGUUAAACUGAUGACAAGCACAGAUAUCCUUGCAUCCCCACAUGUAGCGUAA